AGCUCCUCCCGGUCUCAUUCAAUAAAUUCGGGCCAUUUUGAAGAAUAUUCAUCCACCCCCAACCCCUCUCUCACACGAUACAACCUACUUGGGUACAGGAAACGAAGACGACGUCAUAUCCCGGAGUAGCGAUCGCUAACUAGGAUUCCGAUUAUUGGACAAGUGCAGUCGAGAUGAGCGAGUCACAGGCAGAACACGUUGAUACCAGAGAGCAGAACCGUCCCGAAGAAGGAGAGGGGAACCAUCUUGAAGAACACGAGGAAGAUGUCACGGAAUGGAGAGAAGGAUCUGAUAAAGUCAUCGAGAAGCGAAGAGGUCCUGGUGAAGAUGUGGAAGUGACAGUUAUCAAGAAUGCAUACAAGGGCGACAGUGGCGAGGGAGGGAGUGUGACACGCCGUAGGAGUUGGCAGUUUGCGGAGGAUACACUACAAGAGAUCAAGAGAAAAGUCGCCCGUGCAUGCUCACCGGAGGCCCUCAUGCGCACUUUAGAGGGUGCAGGACGUGGACAGCAGCAGAAGGCCAAGGCUGAUGCAAAGGAUUCGAAUCAGCCGAAUCAGCCCUAAGAGGCUUGGAAUGUUUGAAUGGAUCACUUUUGUCGUACUAGCGUGUGAUUGGUUUGAUGUAUGUUUUGCUUGUAG